AUGUCGGGAGAUGUCGUGGAAAGUGGCCACGAGAGGAAACACCCCUCAGUACAGCCCCUCAGUACAGCCCGUCGUCACAGCCCCUCAGUACAGCCCCUCGAUACAUCCUGCUGCUCCAGCCCCUCAGUACAGCCCAUCGUCACAGCCCCUCGUUACAUCCUGCUAGUACAGCCCCUCAGUACAACCCCUCGUUACAGCCUGCUGCAGCCCUUCAGUACAGCCCCUCGUUACAUCCUGCUGCUACAGCCCCUCAGUACAGCCCCUCGAUACAGCCCGUCGUUACAGCCCAUCGUUACAGCCCAUCAUUACAGCCUGCUGCUACAGCCCCUCAGUACAGCCCAUCGUUACAGCCCCUCGUUACAGCCUGCUGCUACAGCCCCUCGUUACAUCCUGCUAGUACAGCCCCUCGUUACAGCCUGCUGCUACAGCCCCUCGUUACAGCCUGCUGCUACAGCCCCUCGUUACAUCCUGCUAGUACAGCCCCUCGUUACAGCCCAUCAUUACAGCCUGCUGCUACAGCCCCUCAGUACAGCCCAUCGUUACAGCCCCUCGUUACAGCCUGCUGCUACAGCCCCUCGUUACAUCCUGCUGCUACAGCCCCUCAGUACAGCCCCUCAGUACAGCCCCUCGAUACAGCCCGUCGUUACAGCCCAUCGUUACAGCCCAUCAUUACAGCCUGCUGCUACAGCCCCUCGUUACAUCCUGCUGCUACAGCCCCUCGUUACAUCCUGCUACCUGCUGCUACAGCCCCUCGUUACAUCCUGCUGCUACAGCCCCUCGUUACAUCCUGCUAGUACAGCCCCUCGUUACAUCCUGCUGCUACAGCCCCUCGAUACAGCCCGUCGUUACAGCCCAUCGUUACAGCCCCUCGUUACAGCCUACUGCUACAGCCCCUCAUUGCAGCCUGCUGCUACAGCCCCUCUGUACAGCCCCUCGUUGCAGCCUGCUGCUACAGCCCCUCAGUACAGCCCCUCGUUACAUCCUGCUAGUACAGCCCCUCGUUACAUCCUGCUGCUACAGCCCAUCGUUACAGCCCCUCAUUACAGCCUGCUGCUACAGCCCCUCGUUACAUCCUGCUGCUACAGCCCCUCAGUACAGCCCAUCGUUACAGCCCCUCGUUACAGCCUGCUGCUACAGCCCCUCGUUACAUCCUGCUGCUACAGCCCCUCGUUACAUCCUGCUGCUACAGCCCCUCGUUACAUCCUGCUGCUACAGCCCAUCGUUACAGCCCCUCGUUACAUCCUGCUGCUACAGCCCCUCGUUACAGCCUGCUGCUACAGCCCCUCGUUACAUCCUGCUGCUACAGCCCAUCGUUACAGCCCCUCGUUACAUCCUGCUGCUACAGCCCCUCGUUACAGCCUGCUGCUACAGCCCCUCAUUACAUCCUGCUGCUACAGCCCCUCGUUACAUCCUGCUGCUACAGCCCCUCGUUACAUCCUGCUGGUACAGCCCCUCGUUACAUCCUGCUGCUACAGCCCCUCGUUACAUCCUGCUGCUACAGCCCUCGUUACAUCCUGCUGCUACAGCCCCUCGUUACAGCCUGCUGCUACAGCCCCUCAGUACAGCACCUCGUUACAGCCCCUCGUUACAGCCUGCUGCUACAGCCCCUCGUUACAGCCUGCUGCUACAGCCCCUCAGUACAGCACCUCGAUACAGCCCGUCGUUACAGCCCAUCGUUACAGCCCCUCGUUACAGCCUGCUGCUACAGCCCCUCAGUACAGCCCAUAG